GAAUGAAACACUGAUGUUACCAAAAUACUUUUAAAUCAACUUCAAAUAAAACCUUCAGGUUUUAUACACUGGUGGUGAGUCGAGUGAACCUGCUCUCUCAACUCUCAGAAAUUCUCUGUUUUUAUUUAUUAUAAGUGAUCUAAAAUAAUCAGUCAAAUCUAGUCUCUCUUCAGGACUGAAACACUGAUGUUACCAAAAUAGUUUUAAAUCAACUUCAAAUAAAACCUUCCAAUGACCUGUUACCAUUUCAGGUGCUGGCAGGAGCUGUUGGAAUGUGACCUACAGAGACAAAAGAGUCUGUGCUGUGGAAGGGUCUUCAGUGGAGUUUGCUGGAAAUUACUCACAUCCCAGUGAUCUGAGUGUUAGAAAAGUAUUCUGGCAUUAUAUUCAGCGUGGUAAAGACUCCAAGAACCUGAAGCAGGAAACACAGUUUACUAAUCGAGUUGAAUAUGUGGAACAAGACAAAAGCAGCACUUUGAAAAUGAAAAACCUGACAAAGAAAGACUCUGGAAGAUAUCAACUUAAAUUCCUUACUAAUGAUGGUAAUAGAUUCUCUGCUGAACCUGGAGUGAUUCUGAAUGUUACAGAUCUGCAGGUAAGAGCGAGUCGCUCUGCAGUGGCAUCAGAAGGACAGACUACAGUAACGCUGAGCUGCAUCACCUCCUGCACUCUGUCUAACAACCCCACUUACAUGUGGUACAAGAACGGACAGCCUGUUACUGACAAACUCACCAAAUACAACAAGCUCUACCUGAACUCCAGUGAAGAUGCAGGAAACUACUCCUGUGCUGUGAGAGGACGUGAGGAUCUCUGCUCUCCUGAACUAACUGUGACAUGUGAGCCACAAAACUCAGGUAGGUCGGGUUCAGUCUCAGCACUGCCUGAGAGCAGCUAUCAGUCCUCAACUGCUCAGCUUCAUGCUUGGAUUGGAUUUUGAACACCACAUGCCUUUUUGUGCUGCUCUACUCACAUUAGCACAAUAUCUUAAUAACAACGGUGCUGA